GUUAUUUUCCUUGAUGACAAAGUAUCCUCCUUCAUUCAAAUCCGAGGAUCAAUACCUCUGUUCUGGGAGCAGCCAGGAAUUCAGGUGGGAUCCCACCGUGUUAAGCUGUCCCGAGGUUUUGAAGCAAACGCGCCUGCUUUUGAGAGACACUUCAGCGCUCUGAGGAGGCUCUAUGGCAAACAGGUGAUCAUCAACCUGCUGGGUAUGAAGGAGGGCGAACACAUGCUCAGUAAAGCAUUCCAGAGUCACCUGAACGCUUCGGAGCAUGCAAAGGCUGUGAAAAUGUUGAACUUUGACUAUCAUCAGAUGGUUAAAGGUGGGAAGACUGACAAGCUCAACACUAACCUGAAACCUCAGAUCAGCAAGUUUCUGGAGGAAUGUGGUUUCUUCUACUACUCAGGGGAGGCCGGCAUUCAGAGAUGUCAAACUGGAACUAUUCGUUCCAAUUGUCUGGACUGCUUGGACCGAACAAACAGUGUCCAGGCCUUCAUUGCACUUGAGAUGCUUCCAAAACAGUUGGAGGACAUGGGUCUGACGGAGAAGCCUCAGCUGGUGGCUCGCUUUCAGGAGGUCUUCCGCUCUAUGUGGUCCACCAAUGGAGACUCCGUCAGCAAAAUCUACGCAGGCACUGGCGCUCUGGAUGGCAAGGCUAAGGGUGGAAAGCUAAAAGACGGCGCUCGUUCUGUCACCCGAACCAUUCAGAACAACUUCUUUGACAGCUCUAAACAGGAAGCCAUUGACAUCCUGAGACUGGGCAGCACCCUCAACAGUGACCUGGCAGAUAAAGCACGAGCCCUCCUCACAACCAGCAGCCUUUAUGUCUCUGAGCCCAUUUUACAGUCAGCAUCUCCCAGAGUGCUUCUGGGCAUGUGUCAGAACUACUACAAGUACACACGACCCAAGAAGAUCAGAGUGUGUGUGGGUACAUGGAACGUGAACGGGGGCAAGCAAUUCCGCAGCAUUGCGUUUCGUAACCACACACUUAAUGAUUGGUUGUUGGAUGCUCCUAAGAAGGCCGGACAUCCAGAAUUCCAGGAUAACAAAUCCAACCCCGUGGACAUCUUUGCUAUCGGCUUUGAGGAAAUGGUGGAGCUGAAUGCUGGCAAUAUUGUCAGCGCAAGCACCACUAAUCAGAAGCUGUGGGCUGCAGAACUGCAGAAGAACCUCUCACGAGAUCAAAAAUACGUGCUGCUGGCCUCAGAGCAGCUGGUGGGUGUGUGUCUGUUCGUCUUCAUACGCCCUCAGCAUGCACCGUUCAUCAGGGACGUUGCUGUCGAUACAGUGAAGACUGGCAUGGGCGGGGCCACCGGUAAUAAAGGAGGAGUGGCUAUUCGCAUGCUCUUCCACACAACUAGCAUCUGCUUCGUGUGCUCACAUUUUGCCGCUGGCCAGUCACAGGUCAAAGAGAGGAACGACGACUACAAUGAAAUUGCACGCAAACUGACCUUUCCUAUGGGUCGUCUCCUUUACUCCCAUGAUUAUGUAUUCUGGUGUGGAGAUUUCAACUACCGGAUAAAUAUUCCUAAUGAAGAGGUGAAGGAGCUGAUCAGACAGCAGAAUUGGGAUUCACUGAUUGCUGGAGAUCAACUGGUGGAGCAGAAGAAUGCUGGACAGGUUUUCAAAGGCUUUAUUGAAGGGAAGCUGGAUUUUGCCCCCACUUACAAAUAUGACCUGUUUUCGGAGGACUACGACACCAGUGAGAAGUGCCGCACACCGGCCUGGACUGACCGUGUGCUGUGGAAGAGAAGAAAGUGGAACUUUGAUAAAACCGCCGAAGAAUUGGAGUUGAAUGUAGUAGGAGCUCCAGUGAGUGAGGAAGAUCAGUACCCAUGGAGCCCUGGAGAGCUCAAGUACUAUGGUAGAGCAGAGCUCAAAACCUCUGAUCACAGGCCUGUGGUGGCCAUCAUAGACAUGGACGUACUUGAGGUGGACCCAGAGGCCAGACAUCAGGUGUAUAAGGACGUGAUCGCCCUACAGGGUCCACCUGAUGGAACCAUCCUCGUCGCUCUCUGCUCUUCUGGUCCUGAUGACUACUUUGAUGAUGCUUUGAUCGACGACCUGUUAGACAAGUUUGCUCAGUUUGGCGAGGUUAUUCUCAUCAGGUUUGUUGAAGAGAAAAUGUGGGUGACGUUUUUGGAGGGAUACUCUGCACUGGCAGCUCUGUCAUUGAGUGCCUCUACUGUGAAUGGAAAGACCAUAGACAUCCGUCUGAGGAGUCCUGGUUGGAUAAAGAGUCUAGAGGAAGAAAUGAGUGUGGAGAGAAUCUGCGGCAGCAUCCCAAUGUCCACCAGCUCCACUCUGCUGGCAGAAAACUCUGACAUUGGAGAAGAGUAUGAAAUGGAAGGGGAUGUGGACGAAGAGGUUGAGGAUAUCUUGCCCCAGCACCUGCAGCCUAGAGUGAGCUUGGAUCUGGGCUCGUCCCCAAACCCAUCCCCACGCAGCAGCCCCUGCCCCUCUCCUACCCAUGGAGAGCCUGCGCCCCCCAUCCGGCCCAGCAGAGCCCCCCCGCGCACAGCUGGACCACCACAGGGAGGAUUAAGCCCAGCAUCCAUUAGAAGGGAACUGGCAGCUUCUCCGGUUGAUGGUCAGCCAGCUGGAGCUCCUUCAUCACAGGGGCUAGAGCCAAAACGCGCCCCUCCUCCACGCCCCAAUGCCCCACCAGCCCGACCUGCACCUCCACAGCGCCCACCGCCACCCUCAGGACAAAAAAGCCCAGCAUUAGCACGUGCAGAUGCAGCUGGUCGAGGUCAACCAACUGGAUCUGCCCCUGGAGGCGCCCCAAGGCCGAUUCCACCUCGAGCAGGAGUUAUCAGUGUCCCUCCUCAGGCUAGACCUCCUCCUCCCGCUCAUCCCGGAGCCCCCAGACCCAUAGCAGAGGUGCAUCCUGGGGCCCCUCGACCUUCACCUGAUAAUCACCCCGGAGCACCAAGACCCACUGCUGAACCCCAAAGCAAGCCAUCCGAGCUGCCUCUGGGUCCACCUCCCACACUGCCAGGUCCCAUGAGACCUCAGAUGAUAUCACCCAUGCAGCCUCAGUCUAUGUCACCAGUGCAGCCUCCUGUCCAAGCCCAGCUCCCUCCACCAAUGCAGCCCACUUUUCCUGCCCCUCUGAUGCCUCAGCCGGCCCCCCAAGCACCUGCUGGAGCCGCUGCCGCCCCUCAGCCUGGACUGGCAUCUCCCAAGCCUCCGCCCCGGAGCCGGUCCGCACACGCACUGCCACCUGAGUCUGCUCCUCCUCCUCCUCCUACAACCCAGCAGGAGCAAUCCUCAGGUUGACAGGUACUGGAUUAAGUAAUUUCUAGUAUUUACGUUGUCUUCAUGGCACCAUAGCCUGUAGUCACGAUGUAUGGGGUGCUCAUACAUAUAGGAUCCUCCAUGUUAUAGUUGGUUUUUCCCUUUUCCAUCUUUAAUUUAACCUUUUUUAUUUUGGAUAUCAGAAGAAAAACUUAACUUGAACCCCUUGAUAAUAUUGUAUAUACAAAAAAAAUGACCUGGUUAUGAGGUUUAUCAAGUUUUUCCAACAGGGGGGUUCAAGGAAAGUGUCAUCCAGUAUUUGUUGUGGGUAUUGUUUGUUUUUAAUCUGUGAUAUAUGUUAUAAUGGUUUUCAAUGUUUCUUGGACAAGGAUAAGCACUUCUAAUAGCUAUAGUAGACUUGCACAC